CCAGCAGUGGGAAGGCCGCUCGCUUAGGAUCUCCCACGCGCGCGCUGGAAUGUUGAGGUGACUCGCGCCAAAGCGCAACACGCACGAGCUGGAGCAGCACGAGCACGAAGAGCACGAGGAGCAGCAGCAGCAGCAGUAGCACGAGCACGAGGCCAGCGCCCGUUAGAGAUGAGCGACGACGAGCAAACCAGACAGCCAUUUGUGGAUGGUCCGAAUCCUCUCUCCCCGGCUCUGGUAGCCAAAAAGCAUCCUCGCAUGCCAAAAUGCUCCCGCUGCAGGAACCACGGCUUCGUCUCGCCCCUGAAGGGCCACAAGCGCUUCUGUAACUGGCGGGACUGUCAGUGCCAGAAAUGCAAACUGAUAGCGGAGCGCCAGCGCGUCAUGGCGGCUCAGGUGGCUCUAAGGAGACAGCAGGCUCAGGAGGAGGAGAUGGGCAUCAGCACUCCAGUGAAUCUCUCAGGUCCGGAUAUUAUGGUGAAGAACGAGCCUGGGAUUGAUUACAGCUUUGCAGUGGGAGCGAGAUCGCCUUCCUCCAGCAGCACCGGAUCUGCUUGUUCUCCUGCUGCCUCCGGGAGCCGUUCUUCGUUGUCGCCGAGCCCCACAGCAGCCAGCAGGGGACACUCUGAGGGCUCUUCUGACCUGGUUGUGGAUGCUUCCUACUACAACUUUUAUCAACCAUCCCGCUACCCAGCGUACUACAGCAAUCUCUACAACUAUCAACAGUACCAGCAGAUGCCCAGUGGAGAUAGCCGCCUGUCCAGCCACAACAUGUCCCAGCAAUACCGCAUGCACCCCUACUACUCAGCAGCUUCCUACCUAAGUCAGGGCCUGGGCACAGCUGCCUGCAUGCCCCCAAUUUUCACCCUGGAGGACAACAAUGUAUACACAGAGCCAAAAACUGCAGCUUUCUCUGCUGAUGGAGCUCCUGACACCAGCCUGACCUGUAUGUCCAUCAGCCCUAUGGUGAGUUCUGGGAUCAAGACAGAAUGUGAGCCCAACUCUGACUCUGGAGUGUUUACUGUGGACUCCAUCAUAGAGGGAGCGUCCAAGUAAAGGUCUUAGAGACUAUACCAACUUGAGGUACCUCAUGGCACUAGCGGGUUAUGGUCUAAAAUAUAAAAUGUUAAGUUGUGACCAUUAAGUUUAAAGUUUUUCUCUAUUGUGUAUCAUUAUAAUUUGUUUCAGUUUAAUUUCUCUAAAUACCUGCAGUUUUCAUUGAUAGCAUUUUUGUGAAUUUUGAUGACAUACAGUAUUUUAACAUUUGGUUUUAUGCCAAAUCGCAUAAGGACCUUUGCCUGCCUUUUGUUUAAAUAGAUAUAUGAAAAUAUAAUUAUUAAUUUUUGUUUGCCUAUUUCAAAAUCACAGGAGCUUGAGAAGACCUUUUAAAUUUGAAUGUAUUUCUAACUAGAUAUAUUAAUCAGUUUAAAAUCAAAAACAUUUUUGUUCUUAAAAGAGUUCUUUCCAUGUUUGCACUUGAAACUGCAACUUGCAGUACACAUCGGCUUUGUGAUGUCAUUGUUGCAUUAUUGAAAAAUGUUUAAAAAAAUUUUUUUCUUCUACCAGUAAUGUACAGCAAAUGCAUUUCCACCCAGAUUGUGAUAUUUGGUCUUAGAUAAUUUUUUACACCAUUCAUCCAAACAGCAAGGGAUGCAGGUAUGGGUGGGUUAGUAUGCAGGAAGAUAUACUAAUGAAUUAUGCUUCAAUCUCAAUACAACUAGUGCAUUGUUUAUUUAUGGCCACCAGCAAGAGGGCAUCAUUUAACUUUGGAUGAUUUGCAUCACUAUCUACCUCCUUGAAUUGUGAGAGGUUCUUUACCCCACUUUAGUUUAUAAGCUGAAUGCUUCUGCCCUUUCUUUUCAAACCAUAGAGUUGUCACUGUUUGCCCUUGACAAUAGCACCUCUGAAUAAUGUUUAGCAAUUUGCAUUAAAUAACAAAGAUUUGUACAAAGCCAUCCUAGAUCUAUUUUUAUAUAUUUGGAUGUUAAAAAAAAUUGUGAAAUAGUAUGUACACACAUCUGUUGCAGAGACAAAUAUAUACUAUUAAUCUUACAUAUAGCCUAAAGAAAAAUUAUUUUCCAGUAAAAUAUUUUGUAAUUGAUCAUUUUUAUACUCUGCUCUUCUAUACAAGUUGAAUUAUACACACAACCUAUUGUUUGUAUUUUUAUUUUCUCAGUAAUAAAGCAACAAGACUGAACAUCCCUCUUUUCUUCCUACAGUUAUGAACGGUAUAGGUGUUAUCACUUAGACAGUUUGUUCAUGUUAAGAUUUACUUACUUAAUUACUGCAUCACUGAGUUGUGAGCUGUACCACAAAAUGGUUCUAUUGCUUUAACCACUGCACUGUGUUACUGUGACUGACUGUUUUGAUUAAUUUUAAAUUCUAUGUUGCAAAAGCACCUGUUAUUGUUAUGCCUUAAUAAAACAGCAAGAAAUCGCAUUUAAA